UACGGGUACUAGCGGCUGCAGCUUUCCCCGACCAGAGCCACACGAGUAGGCCUAGGCUAUACUCCCGCUCCACCGUCGCUAUCUGCGAACCUCGAAUCGGACAGCUCGCCGGGGAGCAGUGCUGUGCCUGCCGCUAAUAUGCAUGUCGGCUGGUGCUGCCUCCCUGCCCUCCAUCAUGGCACGUGUGGAGUGUGGGGGGAUGAUUGAGGGGGGGGCGCCCCCAGGGCUUGGGAAUUGUGGCCAGCGGGGUAUUCUCCUCAACCAACACCUCUGGCCAGCAGCAAUAGCAGCAGGAGAUCGCCAUGCGGAGCGUGGGCACCCGCACCACCCAGCAGAACAGCCUGCCUCGUGCCCCCCCACCACCCCCCUCCACUUCCACCCACAGGGGCAGGGGCUUGGAAGAUAGGAGUUACAGCAUCGAGAGGUCCUCUCAGCAACCUCCUCCCCUGACCCAUGCUAAGGGGACUACGGCUGACGAACGAAGCUUUGCCACAGUGGAGCACUCUUCUUCUUACUACGGCAGCGAGCGUCCUCUGCCGCUCUGCGAGAGAGCAGAGAGAGAGAGGCCCCCCGCCCAUAACAAUGGAAGCAGACAAGUCUCCAAUGGAAAUAGGGGCGUUUCCAAUGGGAACCGAGCAGCGGUGGGUAACAGUGAGAGGCAGGUGUCCAAUGCAGUGUUUUUGAAUGGAGGCGGGCGGUGUGAUGGGCGGGACCAGAGGGAUGGGGGGCGAGAAGUGCCGAGAGGGGCAGUGAGUUUGGACGUUUGCGGGAACAACGAGGUCUCGCUGAACAAUGAUCGAAACAGUAGCCAACAACUAGCUCAGUACAAAGAGGCGGGCGCCAGCGCAGCCAAACUGGAUAACCAUAACAACCCCCCCAACAUCCUCCCCAUCUCUGGGAAGCUGGAGAAGGUUCAGAGCAACGAUGGAUUGGUCCGCCCCUCUGCCUUCAAGCCUGUAGUGCCCAAGAGCUUCCAUUCCAUGCAGAAUCUGGUGUGCCCCCCCCAGACCGGAAGAGGGGGCCGCAGCCCCGGAGGAGGGGCCGGAGGUGGGGCUGGAGGUGGUGGGGGUCCCAGUCUACCUGGACCCCUCAGAGAGACAGACAGCUCUGGCAGCCGGGGUGGAGGUACCAGAGGCGGGGGAGGUGGUGGCAGUAGGGGCGGAGGUCAGGGGAGCCUCUCCGACUCAGGGAGGAACUCUCUAACCAGCCUGCCCACCUACGCUGGCUCCAGCUCGGGCUACGGGCCCCCGCCUGUCCUAGGGCCUCUGAGUGCCUCCACCAGCCACAUCAACCGCCUGGGGACCACAGGGGCCCUGGAGAAGAUGGACAAGCCUGGUGGCGUUAGCGGUAAUAGUGGAUACCAGAACGGACUGAGCACCUCGGAUAGUGGUCGCUCCUCCUCUGGGAAGAGCUCCUCAUCCUAUCAGAGGCUCAGCCACCUGAGUGACGCCCCCCCGCCCCUCCGCCCCUCGCCCUCCUCCGAUGACGUCAUCCAGGACCUGGAGGAUCGGCUAUGGGAGAGAGAGCAAGAGGUGCUCCACAUGCGCCGUAAUCUGGACCAGAGUGAGGCGGCCAUCGUCCAGGUGUUUGAGGAGAAGCAGCGCGUGUGGGAGCGCCAGAUGGACGAGCUGCGGCAGAAUUAUGCCUCACGCCUGCAGCAGGUGACGCGUCGCGCCCAGCGCUCCCAGAGUGCCUUGCAGGCCCAGAUCACCCGUCUGUCGCAGGACAAGCGACGGCUGCAUGAGGAGAUGGCUGCGCUGCUGGCCCAGAGAGAGGAGCUGGAGAGGAAGUGCCUGGACUACAGGAAGGAGCAGGCUGACAUCCUGCCACGCCUGGAGGAGACUAAAUGGGAGGUGUGUCAGAAGGCAGGGGAGAUCUCCCUGCUGAAGCAGCAGCUGAGGGAGAGCCAGGCGGAGGUGACCCAGCGGGCGGGGGAGAUGGUGGCCCUGCGGGGCCAGCUGAAGGAGGCCAACGCCCAGUUGAGGGACUGGGAAGAGGCCAUGUUGGGCCUCAAGGACUCCUACAGCACCAAGAGCCUGGAGCUGGAGCGCUGCGAGGGGGAGCUGCAGAAGACGCUGACCGAGGUCUCUCAGCUGAGGGACAAGCUGGGAAUGUUUGAGGCUGAGGUGGUAGGGCUGAAGCGGGCCCUGGGUGAGCUCAAUGUGAGGGAUAGGGCUGUCGAGGCUAGUGGUGGAGGGAGCAGGGAAGCAUCCAGGACCAGAGUGGGGCUUCCGCCACACAGCCCACCUGAAGGCUUCUCCUACCCGGCCCUGCCUCCACCCCCCGUCCCCCCCCCAGAUGCCAUACUGAGUUUGCAGAGCGAUGAGGUUCAGUGCCAGGAUGCCCACCAUCGCCAGGAGGCUCACAUGCGUCAGGAAGCCCACCAGCGUCAGGAGGCUCACUUGCGUCAGGAAGCUCAUCAGCGCCAAGAGGCCCAACUGCGGCAGGAAAUCCACCAGCAGCGCCAGGAGGCCCACCAGCAGUGGGAGGAGGCAGGGGACCUGCGCCGGCAGCUGGAGCACCUCCAAGGCGAGCUGCGUCUGGAACGACAGCAGCGUGAGCGACAGGCACUCACCUUCAAGAAGGAGCGCCAUGUGUGGAUGGACGAGAAAGAGCAUGUGCUCAAGUACCAGGCCCAGCUGCAGCUCAGCUAUGUGGAGACCCUGCAGAAGAACCAGGCCCUGGAGCUCCGCGUGGGCCAGCUGGGCUCCAAGCUCACCUCCACCAACACCACCCCCUCGCCCACCUCACCACCCCCACUGUCCCCCAUCCCCCUGCCUGCCCCCGUCACUCCCCUACCCUCCCUCUCUCUCUCCCCACCUCCUCUUGCUGAGGACAAGAAGCUCCCUCCCGCCCUCCACCAGCUGGCCCCUCCCUGGCCGGUACUCACCCGUCUGGAGAGGAUAGAAUCCACAGAGAUCUAGAUUCUAUGUGCUCUAGAUCCAUAAUGCUCCAGAACACUACAGAGCCGUUCAAUUCAGCUUAUACACACUUUUAUAAUAAUUCAACAGUAUCACAUAUCAAUAGCAUUCAUUUUGUAGUCCUAAAUAGUUGUACUCACUGCUACCCCGGGGCGGUCCUAGGACGCACUGCACUACGGAUGGCAGAGAGAGGCAUGGAGGACCGUUGGGGAAGGAAAAGAACAGUUUACUCUGGUUUUCAAAGACGCUCUUCAAGCCACCCUGUAUGCAGGUUUUUAGUUCUAUUGAUCGGCAAUCCACUGAACAUUUAGGUUGGGGUGAAUUUUGGGAUCAAGAGUAGCACACUAUUGGAAAAGCUAUUGUUGCAUUGACAUUAGCAUGAAAUGAAAUGAAUAUAUUAUAAAGCGAAGACAGUCUGUGGGAGAAAGAUUCUUCUCAAGGCAGCCUCUAGAAAUUGUGAAAUAAAAAAAAUCUCAAUUUAAAUCAAGCCAAAUACUACUACUAAACAUGUACUACUACAGUUGUCAUACUGUAAAAGUAUGGAUAAGGAAACUACCCUGCAGAUUCUGUCUGGGCCUAUUUGUAAAUUGUCACAAUAACUGACAGUGUAAAGACCGAGAAUGUAUGAUUUUUGAUUUAGAGUUUGAUUUGGAUUUUUUUUAAAUGAUUAAUUUCACCUUUAUUUAACCAGGUAGGCCAGUUGAGAACAAGUUCUCAUUUACAACUGCGACCUGGCCAAGAUAAAGCAAAGCAGUGCGACAAAAACAACACCGAGUUACACAUGGAAUUAACAAACGUACAGUCAAUAACACAAUAGAAAAAUCUGUAUACAGUAUGUGCAAAAUGCAGUAAGGAGGUAAGGCAAUAAAUAGGCCAAUAGUGGCGUAGUAAUUACAAUUUAGCAAUUUACACUGGAGUGAUAUGUGUAGAUGAGGAUGUGCAAGUAGAAAUACUGGUAUGCAGAAAAACAAAUAUGGGGAUGAGGUAGAUAGUUGGUUGGAUGGGCUAUUUACAGAUGGGCUGUAUACAGCUGCAGCGAUCGGUAAGCUACUCUGACAGCUGACGCUUAAAGUUAGUGAGGGAGAUAUGUCUCCAACUUCAGUGAUUUUUGCAAUUUGUUCCAGGCAUUGGCAGCAGAGAACUGGAAGGAAAGGCAGCCAAAGGGGGUGUUGGCUUUGGGGAUGACCGGUGAAAUAUAUCUGCUGGAGCGCAUGCUACGGGUGGGUGUUGCUAUGGUGACCAGUGAGCUGAGAUAAGGCAGAGCUUUACCUAGCAAAGACUUAUAGAUGACCUGGAGCCAGUGGGUUUGGCAACGAUUAUGUAGCGAGGACCAGCCAACGAGAGUAUACAGGUCGCAGUGGUGGGUAGUAUACGGGGCUUUGGUGACAAAACGGAUGGCACUGUGAUAGACUGCAUCGAAAUUUGCUGAGUUGAGUGUUGGAGGCUAUUUUGUAAAUGACAUCGCCAAAGUCAAGAAUCGGUAGGAUAGUCAGUUUUACGAGGGUAUGUUUGGCAGCAUGAGUGAAGGAGGCUUUGUUGCGAAAUAGGAUGCCGAUUCCAGAUUUAACUUUGGAUUGGAGAUGCUUAAUGUGAGUCUGGAAGGAGAGUUUACAGUCUAGCCAGACACCUACUACACCAUUUGUAGUAGUGAUGCUAGUCGGGCGGCGGGCAGCGAUCAGUUGAAGAGCAUGCAUUUAGUUUUACUAGCAUUUAAGAGCAGUUGGAGGCCACGGAAGAGUGUUGUAUGGCGUAAAACACAGCUUUAUCAACCUCUGUACAUAAAGGGUCUUGAAGAACAACAUUGAAUACUACUGGUGUCAGAUUUGCGGCAUGACUGUUGGGCAUGUGUGGUUACUGUAUGCCCUUAACAAGUUGGCCAGGGCCAGUUCCUCUGUUUAAUUCACAUGGUUAACAUUAGGAACAAGAUAUGAUUCAGGUAAACAGGGGGAGAUCCAUCCAUACAGCCUCCCCCUGUGACUUUAUUGGUGCUAUAAGAACACACCACCACACCAAAUCACGAAGGAAACAAACCAAAAGGUUUAGAUACAGAAGCUGUUUUAAGGGGUGUGAGAUGUGUUUUUCAGGAGUGUGUUGCAUUGUGUUAUUAAGGGGGGCGUUUAAUAAUGUGCUUGGUUGAGAUGGGAAAAUGAGGCUUCAGAACCCUAAGGGCUGGGAUUGCAUGACAGGAUCAGUUGUAUUAACCAAUCAGGGAUCUCCAAAGCUUUGAUGGGUCUGCAGCUGUGAAUGAUUGACGGCACAUUGUAUUUGUUGGGCGUAGAAGGUUUUGUUUCCUCCAUCUCCAGUGAUGCCGCACAUGUAGAUUCCUCUGUGCUAUCAGUAGCUGCAGUGACUGAGGACAGCCACCUUGUGGCGACAACAACUGACACAAAAUGGCUCAAUCAAUCCCAGGAUGACGAAUCAGCUGCAAACCUCUUAGCAUUUUACUUUGUUUCGAAACUAUGUAGGCGACAGCUGAAAGCAGCUUGUAAUUUGUUGACGUUCUAGAUGCUUUUGGUCUCCAUUGAUAUUUCUUAAAGUGACAAAAAGGGGUGUGUUAGUGAUUAAUUAAUGAUUACUUAAACAUAAAGGUUGGUCAAUGAAGCUGCUUAUCUGCACAAAGUGUAUAUUUAAGAUCACUAGCAGCAGGUGGUAGCUGAGCCAGCAGACAUGAUGGUGUUAGAUGCUAAUUGUAAGAUUCAGACUUUAUAGGAAGAGUAAUGCAUUUUUGGAAUGAUUCUUUGAGAUAAUGGAGUGUACUUGUGUGGUGUACUUGUUUGAACAGGACCCACCCUCAUUUGAAAAAAACUAUGUAUAUGUCAAUAUAUACUACCUUUAUAGAUCUCUAGAAUAUAUUUGGCUAUAUGGGACAUUUUACAAUAUAUUAAACUAUUCUAAACAUUAGUGUGUACAGUAUAUGUUGACAUAUAUUUUUUCAUGGGUCUGGGAAAUUUAGAGAAUAACUUUGAAGUCAGGGGUGAAAGAAGUGAGGACUUAAAAAAGAAUUAAUGUUAAAGAGAGGAUAAGAAGAGGAAAAGAAAGAGGUAGAGCAAGGGAUGGAGGGCCCACACCCUCAGUUUUGGGGCAACAUUUGCUGCUAUGUACUUUUGUUGUGUCCUGCUGUGUUCUUAGUAGAAACAGAAAGGCAGUGUACUUGGAUGUAAAUAUUAUUGUUAUUUAUUAUGUGUACAUAUUUAUUCAAAUAUAUCAAGCUUAUUACGUGUGAAUAAUUUAAGAGGAUUAUUAUGAAUUAAUGAGACAGACAUUUCCGCUUUUAUUUUUUAAACUAUAUCAAUAUAAAUAUAUAAAUAUAUACAUAUAUAUGAAAUCUUUUUAAUUUUGAUCUACUACAUGGUACAGUACAACUGAAGCGAUUGUUCAAAAACGAAUAUGUUAGAUUUUGUGUGUUUCAACUCUUGUAAUGUCUUAAAAGACUAAAUGGUAUCAAGUUUCUUUUUGUAUUUAUUUUGUGUUACAGAAAAAUGGCUUGAAGAAAACAUAUCUUAGCAAAUAUGAAUUUAAUGAUUAAAGAUGUGAUUAAAUCUUGAAUAACUCA